ACCUUUGGUCUAUGCUUUCAUGGGCAGUUCGAGGGACAUCGCGAUAGGGCCAGUGGCGGUCGUUUCCAUCCUUCUCGGUAACCUCCUUCAGGACGAGGUGGAUCCAAUAGAGAGCAAGGCAGAGUACCUACGCCUGGCCUUCACAGCGACCUUCUUCGCCGGCGUCUUUCAGGCAGCUCUUGGAUUCUUCAGAUUGGGCUUCAUCAUCGACUUCCUGUCUCAUGCUGCCAUCAUCGGAUUCAUGGGCGGCGCGGCUAUCACCAUCGGCCUUCAGCAGCUGAAAGGAUUCCUUGGCAUCAGGAAUUUUACCAAGGACACCGACAUCGUCUCCGUCAUGAGAUCUGUUUGGCGUCCAGUUCAUCACGGGUGGAACUGGCAGACGAUCAUGAUAGCUACGUCUUGUUUAAUCUUCCUUCUAAUCGCCAAGUACAUCGCAAAGAAGAACAAGAAGCUUUUCUGGGUUUCUGCAAUCGCGCCACUCAUAUCCGUGAUUGUUUCUACCUUUUUCGUGUAUAUAACUCGUGCAGACAAGAAAGGCGUGGCAAUUGUGAAUCAUAUAAAAAAAGGACUCAACCCUUCGUCUGCAAGUCAGAUCUACUUCAGUGGUCCGCACCUCAAGCAAGGACUUAGAAUUGGAGCAAUAGCUGGAAUGGUAGCCCUCACGGAAGGAGUAGCCAUCGGGAGAACCUUUGCGGCUAUGAAAGACUAUCAACUGGAUGGAAACAAGGAAAUGCUCGCGAUGGGAACCAUGAAUGUGAUCGGUUCGUUGACUUCCUGCUAUGUCGCAACAGGUUCCUUCUCUCGCUCGGCAGUCAACUACAUGGCUGGUUGCUGGACCCCUGUCUCCAACAUAGUUAUGUCAAUGGUGGUGAUGCUAACCUUGCUGGUGAUCACUCCCCUAUUCAAGUACACCCCGAAUGCAGUACUGGCAGCCAUCAUCAUCUCGGCAGUGCUCUAUCUGAUCGACAUUGAAGCAGCUUAUACUAUUUGGAAGGUCGACAAAUUUGACUUCGUUGCGUGCAUGGGAGCUUUCUUGGGCGUUAUCUUCAUAUCCAUCGAAAUUGGCCUCCUAAUUGCUGUCUGCAUCUCAUUCACUAAGAUACUUCUGCAUGUGACGAGACUGAAGACGGCUAAACUUGGGAAACUUCCAGGGACCACGAUAUACAGAAAUGUGGAACAAUAUGCAGAAACAAUCAAAAUCCCUGGAGUUCUGAUCGUCAGAGUUGAUGCGGCUAUCUAUUUCACCAAUGCCAAUUAUGCAAGAGAGAGGAUUCUGAGGUGGUUAAGGGAUGAACAAGAACGCGCAAAGGAGAAUAAAGAGACAGAAAUCAAGUUCUUGAUUGUAGUUCUGUCGCCGGUGUCUGACAUCGACACAAGUGGUAUUCAUGCUCUUGAAGAACUACUUGUUAGCCUGAAAAAACAUGAUAUUCAGCUGCUUCUCUCAAAUCCUGGGGUGGAAGUGAUCCACAAGUUGCAGUCAUCGGAGUUCAUUGAGCACAUAGGUCGUGAUAGAAUCUUCCUCACUGUUGAAGAUGCAGUCAAGGCUUGUGCUCCAGAAGCGAGUGAGAAUGUAUGAGGUAUUCAUAUCUAUAUAUGAAUCUAAAUAUACAAAAUCUGUGUGAUCAAGGUGUUGUAAGGUUGUAUUUGUCAACUUUGUGUGCAUUUGCGGGUGAAGCGUGUGCAUGGCGUGUUAUAGCAAGCUAGUCAUUUAUCUAAA